AUACACCAAAAGAGAGCCCUUUUCUUUUUUGGUUUGUUUGAAUAAACACUAGAAAAGAACUUUUUGUAAAGGUUGAGACUUGCUCACUCUUCCUGCUGCUUUCACUCAGGAAAAUUCUUCAUCAUUCUUCCCACAUUCUCUCCCUCUCUCUCUUUCUAUUCUUCUCACAAAGUACUUGUUCUUUCUCUCUCAGUUCAUUUCUUCAAUCCUGUUCCUUUUUUCUCUGGUUUUCCUAUGGUCUUUCAAUGGAGAAGGCCAUUCCAAUACAGCUUCUUUGUGCAAUGCUGAUGCUAGUUUCAGUUUCAGCGGCUGGACAGCUACAAGGCAGAUUGUUUUCGGCCAAAACUGAUGCCGAAGCGCUUAUAUUGUUCAAGAAGAUGAUUCAAGAUGACCCGAACAAAUCAUUAUCCAAUUGGCAACUCAGUAAAGAUCCAUGUACAUGGAAUGGAGUUUCAUGCAAUCUUGGAAGAGUGACUCAGCUGGAUCUUACUCAAGCAGGCCUUGUAGGCCAAAUCACUCUGUCACCUUUUUCAACCAUGGACAAACUGACAGCCCUCAAUUUGUCUGGAAACUCUUUCUUGAUCAAUGCAACAUCUUUGAUGCAGCUUCCGUUUGGAUUGGAGCAGCUUCAAAUGUCUUUGUCUGGGGUUACAGGGCAAGUUCCUGAGGCGUUCUUGGCGAAGCAUCCGAAUCUCAUGUAUGUGAAUCUUGCCUUCAACAAGAUUACUGGUUCUCUGCCUGAGAAUUUCCUGUUAUAUACUGAUAAAUUGCAGUUUCUUGAUCUUUCUUACAAUAACAUUACAGGCUCAAUUUCUAACCUCAAAAUUGAGACCUGCAAUUCCUUGUUGUAUCUUGAUAUGUCCGGGAACCAGAUCACGGGUUCCCUCCCUUUUUCUUUGUCCAACUGCACAGCUCUUCAAGAACUGAAUUUUGCCAUCAAUUUUUUCACUGGUGAACUGCCAGUCUCUUUUGGGGAACUCAAGAACAUGCAAAGGUUAGAUCUUUCACAAAAUCACAUUUCUGGUUGGAUCCCUCCUGAAUUUGGAAGCAUUUGUAAUUCCCUGUUGGAGCUUAAGCUAUCCAACAACAAUAUUACUGGAUCAAUUCCAACUACUUUUUCAUCAUGCUCCUGGCUCCAAACAUUUGAUUUGUCCAAUAACAACUUGACUGGUCCUUUUCCUGAUUCCAUCCUUCAGAAUCUGGGAUCUCUUGAAACAUUGUUACUCAGUAGUAACAGGAUUUCUGGGCCAUUUCCAGUUUCCAUUUCUUAUUGCAAGAAACUGCGCGUGGCGGAUUUUAGCUCGAACAUGUUGUCGGGAACCAUACCACCCGAUAUAUGUCCAGGCGCGUCGUCACUUGAGGAGUUGAGAGCACCAGAUAAUUCACUGUUUGGGGCUAUUCCAGCUCAGUUGUCCAAAUGUUCACAGCUGAAAACCAUUGAUUUCAGCAUAAAUUACCUGAAUGGUUCAAUCCCGGCAGAACUUGGAGAUCUUGAAAACCUGGAGCAGCUCAUUGCCUGGUACAACAGCUUGCAAGGAAAUAUACCUCCAGAAUUGGGAAAAGCCAAGAAACUCAAGGAUCUCAUUCUGAACAACAACUACUUAAGUGGCACAAUUCCAGUUGAGUUGUUCAAUUGUGGCAACCUGGAAUGGAUAUCCCUCACCAGCAAUAUGCUUACUGGGAAGAUCCCAGCCGAAUUCGGGCUUCUCACCAGGUUAGCUGUUUUGCAACUCGCGAACAACAGUUUGAGCGGCGAGAUCCCAAAGGAGCUGGCAAAUUGUACUAGUUUGGUUUGGCUCGACUUGAAUACCAACCGGCUCACCGGCCUGAUCCCACCUCGCCUUGGUAGGCAACAGGGAGCUAAAGCCCUGAGUGGAAUUCUCUCAGGGAAUACAAUGGUUUUCGUUCGAAACAUUGGGAAUUCUUGCAGAGGAGUUGGAGGUUUGCUGGAAUUUGCAGGAAUACGUCCAGAGAGGCUACUCCAGGUCCCGUCCCUGAAAAGUUGUGAUUUCACAAGAAUGUAUUCAGGUCCUGUCCUGAGUCGAUUCACUCAAUAUGAGACGCUGGAAUACCUGGAUCUUUCCUACAAUGAGCUUCAAGGGAAAAUCCCUGAUGAGUUUGGUGAAAUGAUAGCUUUGCAAGUUUUGGUUAUAUCACAUAAUAUGCUUUCAGGGGAAAUUCCUUCAACAUUUGGCCAGUUGAAGAACCUGGGAGUUUUCGAUGCAUCGCAUAAUAGGUUACAGGGUCCUAUUCCGGACACAUUUGCAAAUCUAUCUUUUCUGGUGCAGAUUGAUCUGUCCAACAAUGAGUUAACAGGGCAAAUUCCACAGAGGGGCCAGUUAAGUACUCUUCCUGCCAGCCAAUAUGCCAAUAACCCCGGGCUUUGUGGCGUUCCUUUGCCUGAAUGCCCGAAAAAUUACCAGCAGCCAACAGCAAAUCCAGCUGCAGAUGGCGAGAGAGGCGGCCGAGGCACUCCAGCGACAUCGUGGGCUAAUAGCAUCGUGAUGGGGGUCCUGAUCUCGGUUGCCUCCAUCUGCAUUUUGAUCGUUUGGGCUAUCGCGAUGCGCGCUAGGCACAGGGAAGCAAAAGGAGUGAAAAUGCUCACUAGUCUGCAAGCAACUCAUGCAGCCACAACAUGGAAAAUCGAAAAGGAGAAAGAGCCAUUGAGCAUCAAUGUUGCAACUUUCCAACGACAGCUCAGGAAGCUGAAGUUUUCGCAAUUGAUUGAGGCUACCAAUGGUUUCUCAGCAGCAAGCCUGAUUGGUUCAGGAGGAUUUGGUGAAGUGUUCAAGGCGACUUUAAAAGACGGGUCAAGUGUAGCAAUCAAGAAACUUAUACGCUUGAGCUGUCAAGGCGAUCGCGAAUUCAUGGCUGAAAUGGAAACUUUAGGAAAGAUAAAGCACAGAAACCUUGUCCCUCUGCUAGGAUACUGUAAAAUUGGUGAAGAAAGGCUGUUGGUCUAUGAGUACAUGGAAUAUGGAAGUCUUGAAGAAAUGCUGCACGGGCGAUCCAAAACACGCGACAGGCGAAUCUUAACGUGGGAAGAAAGGAAGAAAAUCGCCAGGGGAGCAGCAAAAGGACUAUGUUUCCUGCACCACAAUUGCAUUCCACACAUUAUACACCGGGACAUGAAGUCGAGCAAUGUCCUAUUAGACCAUGAAAUGGAAGCCAGAGUUUCGGAUUUCGGAAUGGCAAGACUAAUAAGUGCAUUGGACACACAUUUGAGUGUUAGUACAUUGGCUGGAACACCUGGUUAUGUACCACCUGAGUACUAUCAGAGCUUCAGGUGCACUGCGAAAGGCGAUGUUUAUUCGUUCGGGGUUGUGCUCCUGGAACUUCUGACAGGGAAAAGGCCAACAGAUAAGGAAGAUUUUGGUGACACAAAUUUGGUAGGUUGGGUGAAAAUGAAGGUGAGAGAAGGGAAAGGUAUGGAAGUGAUUGAUCCAGAGUUGCAUUCGGGGACGACGAGUACUACUAAAGGAGUUGUUGUUGCAGAUGAAUUAGCAGAAGCAGAAGAAGUGAAAGAGAUGGUGAGGUAUUUAGAGAUAACACUUCAGUGUGUUGAUGAUUUCCCAUCAAAAAGACCAAACAUGCUUCAGGUUGUGGCCAUGUUGAGAGAGCUAAUUACGCCCGGAAGUGCCAACACAAGCAACAGUUCCUGAAUUUGUAACAAUAUCUUCUUUUUUUUUUUUUGUGCCAAAAAGGAAAAGAAAAAAUGGCUGUUCAGGAUGUUUAAAUUUCAUUGUAUUUAAUGGAAAUCUCCAGUUUUUUUGUGUGAGUUUAUUUCUACAAUUAUUAUCAUGAGACCAAAUAUAAGCAGAGGCAACACCUUGUUUUAACCAAAACCACUAAUCUGUGGACAAUGUUGCACUUUGAGGAAU